ACUGCGCAGGCGCAUCGUCCUCUUCGCCGGCUCUGUCGCCUCCUGAGGCAGCUUCCGGUCUUCGCUCUGCCUGUGGCCGGUUAUCACAAGGAGGGAAGGGAUAAAGGAAAAAACACCUCCCUCGGGCCGAGACACGACGCUCGCUUCCCGAGAGGCCCCGCCCAGCGGGCGCUGCGCCCGCCUUCUUCCCGGGGACGCGACACGCAUGCGCGGCCGGCGCUGGCUCCCGCCGCGCGCUGUGCAGUGCGCCUGUGUGGAGAGACGCCCCGCCCCCGGCCCGUAUAAAGCCUCGAGCUUCUCCUCGCGAGAUACUCCGCGCUCAUGCUCGCCGCAGGGGUCGGAGGUCAGGGCGAGCGUCUGGCGGGCAGACGGAAGAAGAUGGCGGUGGAGUCGCGCGUUACUCAGGAGGAGAUUAAGAAGGAGCCCGAGAAGCCGAUCGACCGCGAGGAUGGAUGCAACCUUGAAAGAACUAACUAGUUUAGUAAAAGAAGUCUACCCAGAAGCUAGGAAGAAGGGCACACACUUCAAUUUCGCAAUCGUUUUUAUGGAUCUUAAAAGACCUGGCUAUCGAGUUAAGGAGAUUGGCAGCACCAUGUCUGGCAGAAAGGGGACGGAUGAUUCCAUGACCCUGCAGUCACAGAAGUUCCAAAUAGGCGAUUACUUGGACAUAGCGAUUACCCCUCCAAAUCGGGCACCACCUCCUUCAGGGCGUAUGAGACCGUACUAAGUUUUAUCUGCUUCCUCUCGAAUUUAUUUUUCACCCAACUAUGUAAAAUAAACUUACAUACUUUUCUCCUCCCCUGAUUUUUGCCAUGAAGCCUUUAAAUUUAAACAAAUUGCAACGCAUCUAUUUAGGAGUUAGACUUGGUUACUGUGGUAUGAAUAUUAAUAGAAAGUCUGUAAAAUAUGAAAGUGCUCUUAGCAUUCUGUGAAAAAACUGUACUGUUAAAUAUAUGUGUGCAAUCAGCUUGAGUGCAAGAGUUCAUGGAAGCACAGGGACAGGGUUUCAGCUGAUUUGGAGGUUAUACUAGGUAGAGGGUAUUUUAAGCCCCUAGGGGGCAGAACAAGAAAGCCAUGGGAUUAUAUGAGUUUGAGCACAAAUUUGUAGUAAAGAGUUAGGGUUUUUGGGGUUUGUUUUUGUUUUCUGGUGCUGGUGAUCCAACCCAGGGCCUCAUGCAAUGCUAGGCAAGCGCUUCACCACUGAGCUACAUCCAUACCCAACAGAGGCUUAGAAUAGUAUGAACCAAGGCAAAUGUAGGAAGCUGCUCAGUUGGAAGAGAUUGGUCUGGCUAGAAGAACAGUGCUACAGUGAAGUCCCUGGAGUUCACAGUGAGGGAGAAGGGCAUUUUAAAGGCAAGAACCAAUACAAUAGAAGGGGUGCAGCUCAGGGGAAGGGUAGGAAGAUUUACCUUUAAGACCUGAGGAAGGGAGUGGUGAACAGACUCAGCGCCUGUUAGUUGGCAGGCACUGGUGUGUAUUCGAUCUGAGGCAGUGUAGGAUGGUGGUUAAGACCAGGGGGACAAAGCAUUUAAAUCUUGACUCUGCCAGUUACUCUGCAGACUAGGACACGUUGCUUGAAUCAAGUUUUUUUUUUAAUAGAAAUACUAGCCUAUAGAAUUGUUCUGUUAAAUAUUUGUAAAGGCUUACAGUAAUGCCUGACAGGUAAGAAACAGUAAAUAUUAGAGAUAAGUCUGGAACCUAGAUCUAGUGGCUCUGUUACGCUGUAGGUCACCCCAUGCAACCCAUAGAUUAUUCAUUCAGGCUAGAUGGACUUGACUUUUAGAUACAGAACUCCUGAUUUUGUGUAGAACAGCAGUGACUACCUUCUCACUUGAUGGGGGAGGGAAAUAGGAUUUAUUAUGUGGAUCUAGUGGGUAGGAACUAAGAAAAGGCCAUUUUUUAUAUGCUGUGAACUUUUAUAAAGGUUCUCAUAGAAUCCCAAAUCGUUCUCCCAUGUAAAGUAGUUUGGUUGCUUUGUCUCAUUCCACUUUGCUUGGUUCCAGCUGGAACUUUUCCUUUACAGAUAGGCUGCGGUUUUCUGCCAAAAGCACAGUUAAAGGGUGGUGUAGAUAGUAACUGAGCUAUUCCUUCAGAAAAAUAAAUGGUCGCCACAACAGCAUCUUCCUUAGUGUUUUGUAUCUGUCAGCUGCCUCACUAGGGGGAUUGAAACUAAAUUGCAGCAUAUGACACCCUCCUCUGUCUUCUAGCUUUCCCACAGCAAAGCUGGGACUGUUGUGUAUGCCCAAACUCUGUUGACUCAGGUAAUGUUUUGGGUGUCAGUUGUGUACGUGUUGUGCACACAUGCAUGAGUGGGGGAGAAAGCUAUUAAACUCUUAGGCCAGGUUUAAAAUUCUCUAAGGUUCAAACUGUUGUUCUUUAAUAAAAAAAAAAAAAGCUGAA